UCAAACAAGAUUUGGAGCCGUUUUCUUAUCUAGUCUCACUGGUGGCUUCAAGCGAUAGCGCGUAUCAAAAAUCAUGAAAUGUUAAUUAUCAUAAAUUAAAACGUAUCUCAAAAUGUAUAUAAAAAGCACGGUGACUAAAGUGUUCGUAUCAUGUUGCUCUAGUGCCUUUUUGAUGGAAAUUUUGAUGACGAAAGCACCGGAAUGCGCUACUUUAAUAACGUUUUUACAGGCUUUCUUUAUAUCUCUACAAGGUUUUGUAUUCACCACGAAAUUCGGCAUGGUGAAACCCUCGAUACCUAUUAAGCAAUACAUAAUUCUGGUGCUGUUAUUUUUUAUUACCAAUGUAGCUAAUAACUAUGUGUACUCAUUGCAUGUGCCAUCUACCCUGCACAUGAUCAUCAGAUCAGCAUCCUCACCCGUCAGCAUGUUAGUAUCAUGGUACAUGUUGAAUCGCACUCCAAAGCCGACUAGAGCUGUCGGCUCUGUCCUCAUUAGUGCAGGAGUGGCGCUGGCGUUGUAUGGCGGCGCCACUAUAGAGCAGGAGCGAGGCACUUUCGUGUAUUGGUGCAUUGGUGUGGCGAUAUUGCUGGCUACGCUGGUGACAGGGGCGUUUACUGGCCUGCAGCAGGAAAUGUUGUAUGCCAAGCAUGGAAAACAUCCUGAGGAGAUGCUGUUCUACACGCACGCUUUACCCCUCGUCAUAUUUCUAUUCAUCACCCCCCACCUAUACAAUACAGCAUUAACCCUAGACCUAGAAACCUGGCUUAUAAUAGCCCUAAAUAUAAUAUCUCAGUUUUUCUGCACCCAAUCCGUCCACCAGCUAGCCACAAAGGAAUCUUCAGUCACGGUGACUUUUAUACUAACUUUAAGAAAGUUCGUGUCACUGAUAUUGUCUUCCGUAGUUUUUAAAAAUAACGUGACCAUUUUACACGUCGCGGGUACAUUGUUGGUUGCUGUAGGUACGUAUGUGUAUUUCGACUAUUUUGUGUGGAAGCAGAGGCCUGUUAAAUAUAAGCAGUACUUAAUACCUAAACUGAAAUAAAUGUCACAUACA